CACAAUGUCACCUAUCCAGCCAGGAGGAAAGCAGAAAGAGAGUGGUACCGCAAGAGUACUUGGCUCCGGUACAUCAGGUAUCGCUGAACUUAUGGUGUUCCACCCAAUUGAUACAAUUGCUAAGCGUCUGAUGACAAACUCCGGCCACGCAAACGCUGGCAAUCUUAAAGAUAUCAUUUUCAAGCAACACGCAAACUCACCUGCGCUCACCAAGGCUCUUUCGCUCUUCCCAGGUCUGGGAUACGCAGCUGGAUAUAAAGUAGCACAACGUGUCUACAAAUUCGGUGGUCAGCCAUACUUUAACGACAUCCUCAACACAAACUAUGGUUCAUACUUCAAAUCCUUCUUCGGCGAGAAGAACGGCAAGGCUAUUAUGUCCGCUUCUGCAGGUUCACUCACUGGUAUCGGUGAAGUCGUCCUCUUACCACUCGACGUACUCAAAAUCAAGCGUCAAACUAACCCUGAAUCAUUCAAGGGUAGAGGUAUCGUCAAGAUCGUCGCAGAUGAAGGUUUCGGUUUGUACAGAGGUUGGGGAUGGACUAUGGCUAGAAAUGCACCAGGUUCAUUUGCUCUCUUUGGUGGUUCUGCUCUUACUAAAGGCUACAUUUUCGGUCUUGAAGACUACAGCAAGGCUACUUUCUACCAAAACUUCUUUGCUUCCAUCGGUGGUGCUGUCUCCUCAAUUACUGUCGCAGCCCCAUUAGACGUUGUCAAGACACGUAUUCAACAAGCAAACUUCGAGACAAACACGUCAGGUGUUACUGUCAUCAAGGAUAUCAUCAAGAAUGAAGGUCCAUCAGCGUUCUUCAAGGGUUUGACACCAAAGAUCCUCGUCGUCGGUCCAAAAUUAGUUUUCUCUUACACACUCGCUCAAACAUUGAUUCCAAUGUUUGGAAAGUACUUUUAGAUUGGCAAAUACCUUUCUUUUCUUAUCAAAAAUGUAAUCUAAUAGAGCUUCUUCAUUAUUUG